ACCGUCUUUCCGGGUAGCGAAAAGCUAGGUGACGACGGAGGCUUCCCGGAGAAGUUUCAUACUGACGAUAUGACAGCAAAUAUUGCGAGAAACACCUCAAAUAUACGCAAUUUCCGAAGCCCACGAAACUGAAGUUGAGUUUGGAGCGAUGAAGUGUUAGCUGAAGUGAAGAUUGAAGACGUGAUAGAAGAUGGACGACUACUGCUAUGCUAACAUGGCGACGUCCGGUAAAAGAGAACAUGAAAGAGAAUCACCAAAGGAGAAAAAGACGAAAACCAAAGAUGAAGACAUCCAGCAGCUGAUUGGUCAUCCGGAAGAACUUCCCCCUCAAUCGCCCGCAGGGAGCUCUACUUUUAAGCAGGAAAUUCCACAGCCACCCCACAUUAAAAAGGAAGAGGAGGAACUCUGGAUCACUCAGGAGGGAGAGUGUCUUCUAGGACCACAGGAGGCUGAUCUCACCAAGUUGCCACUGACUGUUGUCUCUGUGAAGACUGAAGAUGAUGAAGAGAAACCACAACUAGACAACCUCUUAGCUCCACUAUCAGAUAGUGAGGCUGAAGACGAGGUUGAAGUAACUUUGAGCAGCGAUACAGACUGUGAAGGUGAUAUGAGGACUCACACUGACAACAAACACUCUGAAUGCUCUGAAAAGAAAAGCGGUAAAACAUGUAUAGGCUGCUCAGUUUGUGCUAAAAGCUUUACUAAGAAGAGCCAAUUGACUAAACACAUGAGAACCCACACAGGAGAAAAACCCUUUAAUUGUUCAGUUUGUGGUAGAAACUUUACUCAAAAUGGCAGUUUGACUCAACACAUGAGAACACACACAGGAGAAAAGCCGUUUCAUUGUUCAGUUUGUAGGAAAAGCUUUUCUCACAAGAGCAAUUUAAUGGAACACAUGAGAACACACACAGGAGACAAACCUUUUAAUUGUUCGGUUUGCGGGAAAAGCUUUACUCAAAGUGGCAGUUUGACGCAACACAUGAGAACGCACACUGGAGAAAAGCCAUUUAGUUGUUCAGUUUGCGGUAAACGCUUGUCUCAUAGUGGCCGUUUGAUUCCGCACAUGAGAACGCACACAGGAGAAAAACCAUUUAAUUGUUCUGUUUGUGGUCAAAGCUUUUCUCAAAACGGCAGUUUGACCCAACACAUGAGAACGCACACCGGAGAAAAACCAUUUAGUUGUUCAGUUUGCGGCAAAAACGUAACCAAUAGUAGUCAUUUGACUUCACACAUGAGAACGCAUACAGGAGAAAAACCAUUUAAUUGUUCAGUUUGCGGUAGAAGUUUCUCUCAAAAAUGCAGUUUGACUCAACACAUGAGGACACACGCUGUAGAAAAAACAUUUAGUUGUUCAGUUUGCGGUAAAAGAUUCCAUCGCAAUGCAGACGCAGUAAAACACUUAAGUACACACACGGGAGAACAACCAAUCAGCUCUUAAAUUUGUGGUGACAUCCACCCAAGCCCGGGAUCUCUUCAAAAAUAAAUUAACUUAUACUUUCACGAAUAUGAAAGGUCUUCUCAAUAAGUGGGAUUAUCUGGAGCAUAAUGUUGUCUUCUGUGAAUCUGAAACUUUCCUGAACAGCAAGAUAGAUGAUGCUUGUAGUACUUGGUUACUUCUUCAGACCAGACAGACCUGAUGAGUCCAGCUGGGGAGGAAUUGUAGUCUUCUUCAGUGAUGCUUUCACCGCCUGACUUUGAACACCAACAACAUGAAUCGAUAUGCCUGAAACUACACCUUCCAGGUCGCCUGGUGUUUAUGUUUUGGUCUACAGACCAACAUCGGAUGAUGACUUCGGCCCUAAUUUGCUAAAGAUUUGCGUUUACAAAAUCACGUGCAAACCGGAUACCACACGCAAAGCUGAUCCACUAAAAGUGGAUUGUGUCUGUUAAGUGAGCAGAAUAAGGCGUUUAUGCGUCUUUGUCUCUGAAUACAAAAUAUAGGCUGAUCAUCAAAACGGCCACAAUACUGUGAGAAGAUGCAAAUAUAAUUAUUUAACACGCACAAUGAGAUUUAUCAACAAUUAACACUAUUUUGCAAGCACAAUUUUUUUAUUUUGCAUGUGUCAGAAGCAGAGGUGGGUAGAGUAGCCAGAAAUUGUACUCAAGUAAGAGUACUGUUACUUUAGAGAUUCAUUACUCAAGUAAAAGUAAGGAGUAGUCACCCAAAUAUUUACUUGAGUAAAAGUAAAAAGUAUGUUGUGAAAAAACUACUCAAGUUUUGAGUAACUGAUGAGUCCCCUGUUUGUUUAAUGAUGACGGCAACAAAUAAUGCACAAAAACAUAAAAAUAGCAAUGAGCAAAUUCAGAGCCAGGAAUAUCUCUUAAGCAACUAAAACAAUAAUAUAUAUUAAAUAAUAAUACAUUAACCGCACUAAAACAACACCUCCAGGCAACUUCAACCCUUGACUAACACCCUCCCCCUUCCACAUCCCACCUCCCCGGAUUGUAAAUAACCAAAUGUAAAUAAUCAAAUGUAUUUCUAAUGUAUAUACUUGUUCUUAUGCUAUCUGAACUCACUAUGUUCUCUGCUCGCUGUACAUAUCCUACCAAGUCAGACCUACGCUGUUUCAAUGCCCAUUACUCUGAUGAUGCAAUUGUUGAUCACUGAAGUGCUGAUAUCAACCAAACCCUCCUCAUCCCACACGGAUUGUAAAUAAUUCAAUGUAUAUACUCUGAUGAUUAACUUGUGUGAUGACUGUAUUAUGAUGAUAGUAUAUAUUUGUACCAUGAAUUGAUUACGUGGACCCCGACUUAAACAAGUUGAAAAACGUAUUCGGGUGUUACCAUUUAGUGGUCAAUUGUACGGAAUAUGCACUGUACUUUGCAAUCUACUAAUAAAAGUUUCAAUCAAUCAAUCAACAUAAAAAAAUUAAGGCAAAUUGAGCCACAAUAACUUAACAGCACCAUAGGCUCAGUAGGCAGAUAUUACAAAGGAAAAUAACAAGUUACCCUUUAUGCAAACCAUAAACUGAUAGGUGUGGGCUGCACCUGGGAACACACUGAUUGUUGUUUCUAUGCAUGCGUGUGUGUGUGUGUGCGACUGUGCAUGUGUGUGUGUGUGUCUAUGAGGCUGCAGUGCGUUAAUAAAUGUCCCCACACGAUGUACAUUUGACAGUGAUUCAGAGCAGGGAAGCUAACAUCAGCCUAAGGUGACAGCCAACAUAUCUACUAACGUUACUUACCGCAAUGUGCUUCCUCAAAUUUGACGUUGAGUUCAUGUGAGCUUAAGCUUGUUGUUUGCCGCUGAAACUUUAUGUUCAGUUAAUCAUGUGACCGCCUGGCUCUGUUUGAUUGGUGAAACGGAGUCAAACGU